AAGAACAGAAGUGGAAAGCCUUACUUACCAGUUUAUUAUAUGUUUCAUGCCCAUGAUAAUUACUUUUAUAAUGCCACUCAUGAAUACAUUGAUCAGAUUAGGAUGAAUCACCUGGCUGGCCAAUAGCUAUUGGAAUGACUCUCCAUGCAUGACUUGGUUGUGUUAUUACAAAACGUGGAAGAAUAGACCUGCCUAGCUGUUGCGGCAGAUGUUCAUUUGUCAUGCUGUCUUAAGGAGAUGAAGAGAUGAGAGCAAACUGUUCCAGCAGCUCAGCCUGCCCUGCUAACAGUUCGGAGGAGGAGUUGCCCGUGGGACUGGAGGUACAUGGGAACCUGGAACUUGUUUUCACAGUGGUGAUGGCUGUGAUGAUGGGCCUGCUCAUGUUCUCCUUGGGAUGCUCUGUGGAGUUCCGGAAGCUAUGGUCGCACAUCAGGAGACCCUGGGGCAUUGCUGUAGGAUUGCUCUGCCAGUUUGGCCUCAUGCCUCUUACGGCCUAUCUCCUGGCCAUCAGCUUCUCUCUGAAGCCAGCCCAAGCCGUUGCUGUUCUCGUCAUGGGGUGCUGCCCAGGGGGAACCAUCUCAAACAUUUUCACCUUCUGGGUCGAUGGAGAUAUGGAUCUCAGCAUCACUAUGACGACCUGUUCCACUGUGGCUGCCCUGGGAAUGAUGCCACUCUGCCUGUAUCUCUACACCUUGUCCUGGAAUCUUGAGCAGAAUCUCACCAUUCCAUAUCAGAAUAUAGGAAUCACCCUUGUGUGCCUGACCAUCCCUGUGGCCUUUGGUAUCUAUGUGAACUAUAGGUGGCCCAAGCAAUCCAAAAUCAUUCUCAAGGCCCAUACACUGAGGCUUAUGGACACAGUCAAGAAUGGGACUUUUGCUUUAGUGACAGGAAAGCCAAGGCCUAUGUGUGGCCAGAGAGAACCCAGAGCCCAUCUAUUCACAAGAUUCCACAUGAGUGCUCUUGAGGUGAAAGCUGCUCAGAUUGGGGCCAUUGUUGGUGGGGUCCUCCUUUUGGUGGUCGCAGUUGCUGGUGUGGUGUUGGCAAAAGGAUCUUGGAAUUCAGACAUCACUCUUCUGACCAUCAGUUUCAUCUUCCCUUUGAUUGGCCAUGUCAUGGGCUUUCUGCUGGCACUUCUUACCCACCAAUCUUGGCAGAGAUGCAGGACGAUUUCCUUAGAAACUGGAGCUCAGAAUAUUCAGAUGUGCGUCACCAUGCUCCAGUUAUCUUUCACUGCCAAACAGUUGGUCCAGAUGCUUACCUUCCCACUGGCCUAUGGACUCUUCCAGCUGUUGGAUGGAUUUCUCAUUGUUGCAGCAUACAAGAUGUACAAGAGGAGAUUGAAGAAUGAACACAGAAAAAAGAACACACGUUGUGAAGAAGGCUGCCAUAACAAGAAAUCCACUUCUCCCAAAGAGACUGGUGCUUUUUUGGAGGUGAAUGAGGAAGUCACCAUAACUUCUGGGCCAUCAAUGCCGAUGGAUCUCCAUACAACCCUUGAGCCAACUGGCCACAUCUCUUCUUGUACCUAGUAAGGGUUGCUGGCCUGACUGGUCUCCGUCUUCCUCAGUGGCCAGUAAAGACAGUGCAGAACUGAUGUUUGGAUCUCAUUGGUAGGGCCUAUGGGAAUAUUGGAUAUUUAUAUUUUCAUGUGGUUUGUGAACUGUCAUAGGAUCCAUUUUUGAGAAUGUAUUCUGCCUAUUUCCGGGAGUCUUUUGGGGGUUUGCACAAUAUAUUUACUAGCUACUGCUGUGUGUUCUUGUCUUCCUACAUAGUGAAGAGUAACACUGUCAUGCAAAGUCAUCCUGGAUCUUAAUUUUCCUGAGACAUAGGACUCUGUAGAGGAGAUUCCACUGCCUGCUGCAGGGAAAGAACAGAGUCUGGACCCACUUGAUUUUUGGACAGGUUCUUUGGAGAAUUGGGGAGGAAGCAUACAGUUCCCAUAAAAAAUGAGGCCAUUUCUCAAAUAAUAAUUUUUUUUAGGACUUGGAAAUCUUUUUGGACCGUAGAUGCAAAAUAAGUUUAGAGGGAAUUUAACGACCACUUGUGGUUAAAAUGUGAAUGCCCCAUAUUUUCAGUCCCUAAUGAUAGGUACAAUAUAUAAACACUUUUUGCUUAUAUAUCAUUUUAAGAAACAUUCCAUAGAUUGAGAUCAUUCAAUAUGUACUAUUUCAUAAAUCAAUGACGCAUUAUGCAGCAUCUUUACAUGUCAGUCAUUGUUGACCUACCUCAUUCUUUAGAACCGUGGCUUCAUAGAAGUGUUCCAUUGCAUAGAAGUACUGUAAUUUAUUUAACCAUUCCUUAUUUGUGGACAUUUAGAUAGCUUUCAACCCACUGGUAUUCUAAUGCUGCUACGAACACCCGUACUGCUGUGCAAGCGUUUUUGGAGGAUUACUUCCUAUGACUUGAACAGCCAGGCCAGGUGCAUAUUAAGAUAUUGGUCAGGCUGCUCUCUGGUGAUGUAAGAAGUGACUGAGUGGGCCUGGCUUUCCCAUGGUUGCACCAGUCUAAAGAAUGAUCAGUUCUGAUUUGUGAAAAUAUCUCAUUUACAAUUGCGUUUAAAAAAUGAUAAGUGAAUUAGAGUAUUUUCCAUGAUCACUUGCCUAUUCAGGUCCUUUGCCGGCCUUACUAUUAUAAUUUUUCCUUUUUGAUUGAUAACAUUGUAGCACAUCAUGGAUAGUGACACCUUGUCCUAUUAUGUCAACAUUUUGCCUACUUUUAAUCUUUUAGCUUUUGUUUUUCUAUGUCUUUUGCUGUAUGGAAGUUUUAUUUUUUUUAUAUAUUUAGUUUAUUAGUCUAUUGAAAAAUGUUUUUUGACCUUGAUAUCUGUCAAAUGUUCUAUUUUUGUGUGGAUUGUGAAUUAUGAUAGUAUUUCUUUUUGAGAAUGUAUUUAGCCCCUUUGCAAGGUGUUCUAUUUGGGGGUAUUUACCAUCUGCUGUGUGUGCUGUCUGGGAGUAGGUAAAACCCUUCUUCCUCUAUUCUGACAUUAUUAAAAAUAUUUCCCAAA